AGGCGCCUGCGCAGAUAAGGUGUGCUCGUCUGCGCCCCGCCCCGCCUCUUCCAAGCCACGCCCGCCCAGUUACGAACGAGCCCUGAGAGACAGCGCCUGCGCGGUCGUGGCCAAGCAGGCUGUGGCGGUAGCGGCGAUGGAACCAGCGGAGCAGCUGAACGAGUUAGUGUCAGCCGAGGGCCGAAACCGGAAGGCGGUGCUGUGCCAGCGUUGCGGCUCCCGGGUGCUGCAGCCAGGGACCGCUCUUUUCUCCCGCCGGCAGCUUUUCCUUCCCUCCAUGAGAAAGAAGCCAUCUUUGGCUGAAGGCAGCAAUCCUGAAGGCGAUCUCCUCCAGGAGCACUGGCUGGUUGAUGAUAUGUUCAUCUUUGAGAACGUGGGCUUCACCAAGGAUGUGGGCAACAUCAAGUUUCUUGUCUGCGCAGACUGUGAAAUUGGACCAAUUGGCUGGCAUUGCCUUGAUGACAAGAACAGUUUCUACGUGGCCUUGGAACGGGUUUCCCAUGAGUAAAACUGAAGGGAGGGGGACUCAGCUCCACCCUCAAAUACAAAGCUAAUCCCCAUAAGAACUGGCAUUUAAACUGGUAUAACUGUCUGCUGCAUUCUUCUCUGUGCUAAUAUAAAUGAUGAAUACCAGCAUGUCCACUUGAACAUGCAGAGGGUUAAUCCUGCUUCCUAAAGCCUGGAGGACAUACCUCUUGCUUAGUUCACUUUGUACCACAACAUUUUCCAAUCUCCCUUUUCUCCCAGUUGUGAGACACUGUUGUACCUUCACCAAUCCAGUCUCAUCCCUGGCAUUCUGCCUAGGCUCUGUUUUCUCUGAGGGGCUCCCUUUUAUCUUGCUCUGGAAGAGCAGUAUUCAAACUUUUGACCAUGAUGAUGCACGAUGGAAGAUGCUUAUGUGCUGAUAGUUGAAACUCCAUCUUCCCCUCUCCUUCAAGCAUACGAAUAUCUGAGAGUGACUGUUGUAUGGCUAACCUUGUUAUCUGCAGUAAUUUUCAAAGCAUUUACAAAUUUCGGUAUUUAACCCAGUAAUCAGAAACACAUUACUUUGAACACAUCUCUAAUACAAUGUUUGGGAACC